GCGCAAGAUUCCUACGUUGGAGCGGACAGAUUCUAUUCGUAUUACUUAGUUAUAAACCGUUUAAGUGUAUUGAUAAUGUAAACUGUGCUUCAUUCUGGGAUCACUGCGGUAUGAGUGUACUAGUGUACUCAUGUACUAAACUUGUGGCUGGAACCCUCUACCCUGCCUAUGGAUCCUUUAAAGCUGUGAAAGAGCGGAAUGUUAAGGAGUACGUGAAAUGGAUGACGUACUGGAUCGUGUACUCGUUGUACAGUUUAGUAGAGGAGUUUACAGAUAUACUGAUAGCCUGGGUACCCUUUUACUAUACCCUAAAGAUUUGUUUAAUAUUUUGGCUGGUAUCUCCAACAACAAGAGGUGCUAGUGUACUGUAUAUAUAGAUCUAGUACAC